AUGGCGCUCGUUCCCCCUCUUCUUCGCAUAAUGGCCGUUCUGGCACAUUCUCUAAUCCUACUCAUCGUGUUCUCGCCAAGCGCUCACGCCAGCGGCGUCAAGGCACCGAGCACAAUCACAGCCGGCCAGAACGCCACCAUCUCAAUCACCGAGACAAUACCCAAAGACUCGGAGAAUUGGAGUAAAUACGACGGCUAUCGCCUGUAUCUGGCACUGACGCCGCCAGGCUGGGGCACGGGGCCGGAGUGCUGGCUUGCGAACAAUCUGGAUCUCAGCCCGCAGACCGUGAACAUCGUUAUUCCCCCAGACGUGGCGCCGAACAACACCAAGAUUGAGAUCGCGGAUAGCUUCAUCAAGAAGGGGAGCAAAAAAGAAAGCGGUUAUUCCUACAGCGGCACCAUCACGUUUCUUGGUGGCAAUGGCACCUGGAGCCAGCGGGAGCUGAACGGACGGAGCAUGACCAACGCGAACAGGUUGCCUUGCUUUCUUCUGGGGUGUGUGCGGCAAUGCAAUGACCGCUACUACACGGGAGAGAAAUCAAGCGAGAAGGCAGCUGACGACUGUUCCGAGCAGUGUCUCAAGAACUCCGGAGAAUCGUCAAUGGGGCAUCUAUCUUUGGUCGCGCUACUGAUGGGAAUCGUAACUUGGAGACUUGCUCAGCUAGUAUUGUAA